AUGGCGAGUGUCGUGCAGUGCUUCAUGUCCAAGCUGCUUUCACCCCUGUGGCGCAGAGCAGAUGAGGAGGAUGAGGAAGAGGAGGAUCAUCAGUGUUUUGGAGGUGUGGAGGCCAUUCGGCAGGUGAAGACGGGCAUCGUGACGCAGCUGUGUGCCGACUAUGGUCUCAUUGAUCAUGCUGUGUAUUUCACAUCUGGAGUUGUUUUAGGAGGAGUUGUGUUGCAUGUGGGAGACGCUGUCCAGGCCCUGGCCGUGCGUGAAGGAGCUCAAGGAGGGUGGAAGGCACUUAGGGUGGAGCGACAGAAAGAUGUGUGGGAGAAUGGAGUCAGCGAGCCACUCAAAGGGGACGUGGCUGAACUCAAGCCUCUGAUUGGAACAGUGACGUCAUGUGAUCGAGAUGGAGGAUUUAUAAACCAAACAACAUAUUUCCCCCGAUCAGCACUGUGUGAAGGAUUUGAGCCAAUGAAAGGGGACUGGGUGAUGGCAAAGUAUUUUGUGUGUCCAACACAAUGGAGCAGUCAGGCCCGAACUGUUUCUCCUCUGAGAUAUCGCCGCAUGGACGGGGUGUGCGUGACGAGUGUGUUUGGCAACAGCGGUGUGGUGGAAGACAGUGUGUUUUUCACUCUGGAGUCUCUGAUUGUGCCGCCUGGCUUCAGACCUGCUCAAGGGGCCUUGGUGAAUGUGGUGGUCCUGGAGAGCAGUCAGUCACUGUACUGUUGGAGAGCGCUCUGUAUGACCCCUGUACAGCACAGUCCAAAUGCUGCAGCUGUUAAUAUGCCAGACGGUGAGAUUCGGAGCUUGUUGGAGAAUAAGGGUGGGCUUCAGGUGAGUCAGGAGACACACUUUGGCUCUCUCCUCCUCGGAAACAGCAAAGAGCUACUGGUCUGGAUUCAAAAUGCAGGUUCAGAGAUCCACCGGCUGAAGUGUUGUGAGUUUGCUGGAUGGGACUCGGAGCAGCAGUUCUCUCUCAGCCCGAUGUGUAACAGCUCUGAGAAACGCUGGAACAGCACAUCUGCAUCAGGUGGCAUCUAUGAAGAUUGUGUGGAGACUCCUGCUGUGAGGACGCUCGAGAAAAACCUGGAGAUCAAACCUGCAGACAGGGUGUCCGUUACCAUCAACUGUCAAGCCAGGAGUCUGGGUCACUCUGCUGAGCUGCUGCUCCUGCAUUUCUCCUCUUUCACCAUCGGGAGGCGUCUGGAGGUGCUGGUGAGCAGCUCAGAGGAGAGUCUGCUCAAACCCAGUGCCCCCUACUGUCCCGUAACAGCAUUACCACAACAGCGGCAUGUAAAGGUGCUCACUGUUACAGCACCUGCGGCUCCUCUCAGGCUUGUAAGGCGACAUCUGCCAAACUUCUUGGGGAACUACGCAGUACCGCAGGCUUUCAGAGAUUGUGUUGAAGCCCAGAGAGAUGUGCUGGUUGUCCAGCCGGCUCUGGCAGAGCCAUUGAGUUUGUCGUCGAUGUCUCCACGUUUCUCUGCUCUUCUGUGGUUGGAGGAGCUACAGGCUGAGAGCGAGAUCAGAGAGUUCAGUCUCACCGGCGCUAUCCUCAGGAAGGGGGCAGUAUAUCUACACCUAGAGGUGCCUGGACUCGCUGAAGGCCGACCAAGCCUAUUCAUUGGUGAUAAAGUUGUUCUGAAGAAACCAUGUGGUGCAGAAAUUGUAAUUGAGUAUAUAGCUUAUGUCAUGGAGAUCUCAGAAGAGGAUGUGAGUUUACGAGUGAACUCUGACUUUCAGAAUGGAUAUCUUGGAGAACCUCUAGAUGUGGAGUUCACUUUCAACAGGUUGACCAUGAGGAGGUGCCAUUGUGCUUUGGAACAGAUCAAACAUUUUGGAGACAACAUUCUGUUUCCCAGCACGCUCACACUGCAGCAGCCGCAGUGGAGUGGAGAGUGGAAGACACAAGACGACGACAAACAUCUGCCAGAGGAGAAUGAUGCAACCACUCAAUCAAUGGAAGGGCCGUCUUCACUGACUGUCGAUAUGGUGUCGGUGGCCACACAAACUAAAACCGAUUUGUCAAUGACUGCAAAGUGCAUCCCAACCCUUGGCCAGGUCUUCAACCGGGAUCUGAAUUCUGCCCAGAAAGAGGCAGUUAAACACAUUCUGAGUGGAGACUGUCGCCCCACACCCUACAUUCUGUUCGGCCCUCCUGGCACGGGCAAAACCAUUACGCUCAUAGAAGCUAUACUGCAGGUGCAUCACCGGAUCCCCUACAGUCGUGUGCUCGUGUGCACGCCCUCAAAUAGCGCCGCUGACCUCAUCUGCUUGCGCUUGCACGAGAGCGGAUACCUGCAUGCUGCCAGUCUGGCCCGUGUCAACGCCACCUGCAGGCCAGAGGAGUCCAUGCAAGAGGAGUUGCGUCAGUAUGCCAGAGCUGGAGAAGAUAUUCGAAAUGCCAGUUUUCAUCGUAUUGUUGUCAGCACUUGUUCCAGCGCUGGAAUGUUCUACCAGAUCGGCCUGCGUGUUGGUCAUUUUACUCAUGUGUUUCUGGAUGAAGCUGGUCAGGCUACCGAACCUGAAACUCUGAUUCCUCUGGGAUUACUCUCAGAAGAAAGUGGGCAGAUUGUAUUGGCUGGUGAUCCGAAGCAGCUUGGGCCAGUGAUGAAGUCCAAACUGGCGGCUGCGUUUGGACUGGGAGUUUCAUUUCUUGAGAGACUGAUGGGAACUCAACUGUACAGCUACAGUGAGCGAGGCUAUAAUCCAUUAGUGGUGACAAAGCUGGUGUAUAACUACCGAUCCCACGAGGCUUUGCUGGAGUUGCCGUCGCGUCUGUUUUAUGCCGGUGAGCUGUGUGUGCGCUCCCAGAGAGCUGUUGUGGACGCGCUAUGCCACUGGAACAGACUUCCUACUAAAGGCUUCCCGCUGAUCUUUCAUGGAGUCCGAGGAACUGAGAUGAGAGAGGGCAGUAAUCCAUCCUGGUUUAAUCCUGCUGAGGCAGUGCAAGUGAUGCUGUACUGUUGCCAGCUAGCAAAAAGACUGUACAACCCUAUACCAGCCACAGACAUCGGCAUCAUUGCCCCCUAUAGAAAACAGGUGGAGAAGAUCCGAGUGCUGCUGCACCGGGUGGGGCUGGCGGAGGUGAAGGUGGGCUCGGUGGAGGAGUUCCAGGGUCAGGAGUACCUUGUCGUCAUCCUGUCUACGGUCCGUUCCAAUGAGGCCUUGCUGAAUGAAGAUCUGCAAAACAUCCUGGGAUUUCUCUGCAACCCCAAACGUUUUAACGUUGCCAUCACACGAGCCAAAGCGCUCCUCAUCAUUGUUGGAAACCCACAUGUGCUGAUCAAGGACCCAUGUUUCAGUGCCUUACUGCAGUACUCUCAUGAUAACAGAGCGUUCCUGGGUUGUGACCCUCCCGUGAGUCUACAUGCCACUCGAAGGAUUCCCUCUGAAGAAACCUAAACACCUCUGUGCCUCCCUAAAAUCUUGUGAUUUAAUAAGUACCUCAUACAUAUGCUCUUGUAUUGUGAUUUGUAAUUACUUCAUAUGCUCUUUAAUAAAUAAAACUCAUCUCGCCA